GGGCGUCACAGCCUCACAGGUGUCGUCGGCCUUCUUUCCACCGAACAAGCGUGACGAUAUAUUUAACGCUUGUUGAUAUCGUCGUACGACCAGAGGUAUCCCAGGGGUUUAGAUGUUGUCAAGAGGAGGGGCUUCAACUAUGAAAGUCUGGUCGGAGUGAUGUACUGCUUUCAACCGCAGGGUCAGGCAAGCCGAUCGACACUUGACAGACACCCAGUAACAGAUUUCUGUUGAUUCCAUACCGAGCUGCUAGAGAUGAAAGUCCUCACCGAGGCAUUUGCAAGAGUCUUGCAAGUGCAAUCCGCCUUCCAGAGCUUCACAUCGCCCUUCUGGUCCAGCAACGCAACUAGUAUGUCUACAUCCACAGCCCCGACGCUGUCCCCUUCCGCGGCCCAGGACAUCAACCGCACUCUGUCCUUCUGGUUCGAAGGCCCGACGUCGAAUUGGUUCGCCCCCCAAAACCCAGACGAAUUCGACGCAUCUAUCCGCGACAAGUUCGGCCAACUCAUCACCCAAGCGCGCACCGACGAACUAGAUGUCUGGGCUGACGACCCGCGCGGCGCUCUCGCGCAGGUGAUACUACUCGACCAGUUCCCGCGGAACAUCUACCGCGGCUCACCUGAUGCCCACGCCUCCGACACCAAAGCUUGUGAACUAGCGACGCGGAGUAUCGCGCGGGAGUUCGACCGGCAGGUCGGCGAGCUGGAGGCGCUGUUCUUCUAUCUCCCGCUUAUGCACGACGAGACGCUGGUGUCUCAGAUUGCGUGUGUAGGGCUGAGCGAGGCGCUUCUCAGCCGGUGUCAGCCUGAUUGUGAGGCGGCAAAGUUUGUGACGAACAGCAUCAAAUUCGCCAAGGGCCAUCGCGAUGCCAUUCUGGAGUUUGGGCGGUUUCCGAGCAGAAACAAAAUCUUGGGCAGAGAGAGUACGCCUGAGGAGGUCAAAUUUCUGGAGGAGCAUCCUUCUGGGUUCUACUAACAGGUUUCUGUUCGGAUGUAAACAGUCUAAGAGAGAGGCUUGAUGCGGGUACACUCCUGUCACCAGGGCGGUAUGUUUCGAACAUGGUAGAAUUGGACUCUAGAGGUGAAGAUUGUA